UAAAUAACACACACAAUGAUGACAUAAAAAUGAACUGUUCGAAAGAAACUAAAUAUUCUAAAGAACCGAUUCGCAAAAAUGAGUCGAACUUCCCAUCACUGUAAUGUUCUUUAUUCGCCAGAUAAGGAUGUAGUAUCAAGUCUCCCGCUUCAGAUGUCACUUUACUUUAACAUGUGGUUCUUUCCUUUCUGGUGGAUCAGCGAGGUUGUGAUGCUACAACUAAAGUACCCAGCCCUUGCAGAUUAUUACAAGUUCAUCCUGAUCACAAUUCUUAUUUUAAUGACCCUGAUUGAGGCCAUCAGACUCUACCUGGGCAAUGUUGGAAAUCUGCAAGAGAAGGUUCCAGAAUUGGCUGGAUUUUGGCUUCUGACUCUUCUGCUCCAGUUUCCCCUGAUUCUGUUCCAGCUCUUCAAUGAGGCUAUUCUCAUUCAACCUCUGGAGAGAGGAGUUCAUAUAAUACUGGCCUUAUUUAUUUUUGCAGAGGCUCUUUUUGGAUUUGUUGCCUUGCGUGCAAUGGUCCGACACACUGAAAGUCGCUUCCAUUUGCGACAAUUUGAUGGGAUUCAGGAAUUAAGGACGUGACGAGACCUGCACUGAUGAACUAUAAAAAAACACUACAAAGAUUUAUUUGAAAAAUACAAAGACUUUAUCCAUUAUCAGUGGCGAACACUAGAGGACACAUCAGUCGUUGAGUUGAAUUGUUACUGUGGAUGUCUUGGUGCCUUCUUUUAUACAAACAAAUCUUGCCUUGUAUUAUAUUUUGUAUGUAAAAUAAACAUACAAAAAAAAAAAAAACAUUUACAGACAUAAGAUAAAAACAGAUUA